AAAUGACAGGUGAUUGUGGCGCCAAUUGUGAGAGAAAAAUAAAUCAGAGAUAACACACAAUAUAUUUUUUCUCACAUCAAAAUGGCUAUGAAUAAAUUGUGUCGACAAGUGUCAAUAGAGUCACCAGGACCAAUUGUUCGGGAAUGUGUCUUUAGUUUUUCCAUUCCUGUCCCAGAAACGCCUCCUGGUGGCGUUCGUGUGAAGGUUGCAUGUGCCGGAGCCUGCUACAUGUCACGUCGUUCUAUUUCAUCAUCCAGCGAUGAUCAUCAGAGUCCUGCUCAUCCUGGUGUAAGGGAUAGUGCUCUAUUUGCUGGAUUUGAGGUUUCUGGAGUUGUUGAUGAUGUUUCUGAGAGUGCUGAGGGUGCGCCAUCUGUUGGCGAACGUGUUUGCAUUUUUCCAUUUGAAAAUUGCCCACGUGGCUAUGCUGAGUACGUUGGUGUGCCAGAUCCAAAGUAUCUAAUGCCAAUUCCUGCCAAUAUUAGCUUAGCUGUUGCCGCCAUGUUGCCCAGUGGCGCCCUCAGGGCACUCAAUACAAUUCGAAUGGCACAGCAACAUGCAGCAGCGCCAAGGAAACUCCUGGUGGUCGGCACUGGAGGCCUUGCCCUCUGGACCGUUCGCAUUGCCAAAUGCCUCGAACCACAAAUGGACAUCACGGUGGCAUGUCUCCGGGAUGAAGGUUUCCAGUUGGCUCAAUCGAUUAGCAACGUAACCGUCGUUCAAUGGAGCGAAGAUCUCUAUGAGACACACUUAAUUGAACGGACUAUCGAUGCAUGCUGUGGCCAGGUUGAUGUAGUCAUUGACUACGGGACUACAUCGAGGAGCCUGCAUAGAUCUCUGCAAUGUCUGGCCGAAGGUGGUCUUGUGCUGCUGAGUGAUGAAGUAGCUGAACGUCUGAUACCAAAGUUUGCAGCCAAAUCACGGGAACGGAAUCAAAGGAUCGAGGCUGUGGGCGCGGGAACGGUGGAACAGUUGAGGGAAAUUGUUGAUUUGGUGGCAUCCGGAAGGCUACAGCCACCACCGCACACGGUCUUCCCAAUUGACGAGGCAGCCGAAGUUGUAGCACGAUUGAGUGCCAGUGACAUUCCCGGAAGAGCUAUCCUGCGCUUCCUGGACAUUGACUAGACCAAGUACCUCUCCCUGGCAUUUAUCCCCCCCCCCCGACCCCAAAAACUAACUGAUCUCACAAUAAAGUAUUUAACCAAAAA